UUCCUCCAUUCUAAAUUCUCUCCUUUGACACCUAACUCUUUUCUCUGCUUUGAUUCCUUUCUUUGUUUCCAUUCCUUGGAUUUCUCUCCCAAAGUCCCUUAUUUUUUGCUUCUUUUCCUUUCCUUGAUCAUCGCUAGCUGAGAAAAGGUUACCUCCAAAAUGGAAAUUUUCUUUAGAGGCCUAAAUGAGGAUUCAUCUUCGCAAAUGGACAUCCUUAGAUGUCCAUUUUUGAGAAACAUUAAUGAGCCAACUAACUUUUCCCUCUCAUCCGCCAUGUCUUUCCCCAUGCCGGUACGAGGAGCCAAAGGUCCAAUAUUUGAAGAUGGACCCAAUUUCGAUAUGGCAUUCAAGCUUUUCCAUGGACACGAUGGAGUAGUUCCACUAUCUGGACGAACUUCAUUGCGUACUGAGAAAGCUGAGCCUGAAACAACCCCACCCAAGUUCAAUCCUUUGGCUGCCAAAGCAGCCACCAUUAGUCUUUCAUCCUUUGGACCGGGAGGGCCUUUCAGUUUUGAUGCAUUUUCUAAUAAGUGGAAUAAUCAGAAAGGAAAAUCAAAACCAUCAAAGAAGGAUUCUUCUUCAAAGGGAGGAAAUUCCAAUCAUGAAGCAUUGGGCAAUGAAUGGCUGCAAAAUGGGAACUGUCCAAUAGCAAAGUCGUAUAGGGCAGUUAGCAGUGUUUUGCCACUUGUUGCGAAGGUUUUUCAGCCACCUCCGGGGAUGAAAUUCAGGUGCCCACCUGCAGUGGUUGCAGCCCGGGCAGCACUGGCACAAACUGCUUUUGCCAAGAAUCUCCGCCCUCAAUCCUUGCCUACAAAAGUACUGGUGAUUGGGAUGUUAGGCAUGGCAGCAAAUGUUCCUUUAGGGAUAUGGAGGGAACACACUGUAAAAUUCUCACCAUCUUGGUUUGUGGCUGUCCAUGCAGCUGUUCCAUUCAUAGCCAUGCUCAGGAAAUCUGUCUUGAUGCCUAAGACAGCUAUGGCCUUUACCAUAGCAGCAUCUGUAUUAGGACAGGUUAUCGGCUCUAGGGCAGAAAGAUAUCGAUUGAAAGCUGUAGCAGAAAAACAAUUAGGUAUCAAGGAGUCCUCCGUUUCUGUUGGUGAUGCAAAUCAGUUAGAAUUUGUUGCAGUUAAAAAUGGCUAUUGCGGGAAAGAUGAAUGGGAUCCAGUUUCUCUUCAGGUGGCGAGGCCUUCUUCAUCAACAGAUAUGUUUUGUUAAUUCUUUUCUCCUUAUUGUAAGCUAAGCAGACUGCCAUUCUGCAUAUUGUAUUUCUUUAUGUUCUAAACAAAGUUGUUUGUUGUUCUAUGUUUUCUUGUGUUCCUUUCUUGUACCGGACAUGUUUUGGGAAAAUAUCAUUGAGAAUAAAAAGAUGCAGAAAGAGGGUUUUGCUUAUGAAA